AGGAAGCUUUUCUGACGGUAUGCCUCUAGGAAUCUCUGGUACUUUCAACUUCAUGAUUGUAUUCCAGGCUGAGCACAACAUCCUUAUGCACCCAUUCCACAUGUUAGGUGUAGCUGGUGUAUUCGGCGGCUCCCUAUUCAGUGCUAUGCAUGGUUCCUUGGUAACUUCUAGUUUGAUCAAGGAAACCACAGAAAAUGAAUCUGCUAAUGAAGGUUACAAAUUCAGUCAAGAGGAAGAAACUUAUAAUACCGUAGCUGCUCAUGGUUAUUUUGGCAGAUUGAUCUUCCAAUAUGCUAGUUUCAACAACUCUCAUUCUUUACAUUUCUUCCUAGUUGCUUGGCCUGUAGUAGGUAUCUGGUUCACCGCUUUAGGUAUUAGCACUAUGGCUUUCAACUUAAAUGGUUUCAAUUUCAACCAAUCUGUAGUUGAUAGUCAAGGUCGUGUAAUUAAUACCUGGGCUGAUAUUAUUAACCGUGCUAAUCUUGGUAUGGAAGUUAUGCUUAAACGUAACAAUUAUUCGUAG